AGUUGAAUUUUCUUCUUACAAACAGAUGUCGCAGUAAAGAAGAGAAAAAAGCCGAUAGCGACGUCACGUUUGUGACGUGGCUUUUUUCUUGGAGUUCACCGUUCCACCUCCGCCAUAUUUUGUCGCCCGUGCUGCCGGUGGUAGCCCCAGAGUUUGGAAAAGCAGAAGUAACCCCCGCACGUACCGCCACCGCCUAGAAGACAAUGGGGAACAUAUUCGCGAACUUGUUCAAAGGCCUUUUCGGCAAAAAGGAGAUGAGGAUCCUCAUGGUGGGCCUGGACGCGGCCGGGAAGACUACCAUCCUGUACAAACUGAAGCUGGGCGAAAUCGUCACGACCAUUCCCACCAUCGGUUUCAACGUGGAGACAGUAGAAUACAAAAACAUCAGCUUCACAGUGUGGGAUGUUGGUGGCCAAGACAAGAUUCGUCCACUUUGGCGUCACUACUUCCAGAACACGCAGGGCUUGAUAUUUGUGGUGGAUAGCAACGACAGGGAGCGAAUUGGUGAGGCAAGGGAAGAGCUCAUGAGGAUGCUCGCAGAGGAUGAGCUCAGGGAUGCAGUCUUGCUCAUCUUUGCCAACAAGCAGGACUUGCCAAAUGCCAUGAAUGCAGCUGAGAUAACGGACAAGCUGGGCCUGCACUCUCUGCGCAACCGCAACUGGUACAUCCAGGCCACCUGUGCCACCAGUGGAGACGGCCUCUACGAGGGCCUCGACUGGCUCUCCAACCAGCUCAAGAACCAGAAGUAGAACUGAUACCACAGAAGCCACUACAUCACAGUAGUGCGUGCGCGCGUUGUCGGCUGGGUGGGGAGAGCACUUUUUUUUCCAAGAGGGACGAGAGAAAAGGACUGGAUCGCCUCAUCCUUCUGUGACAGCCCUCUCUACAGUCCACCCUGCCUUGGAGAGGGGUGGGAAAGGCACGGGGAGAAAAGAUUUUCUUCUAUCCCGUUCGCUAACUUUUUUUUCUCUCUCGUCUGCCUUUCUGUCUGCCACCAGUAUUCUUUUUUUUUUUUUUGCUUGCUGCUGUUCUUGGAAACCAUUAGCCGUUUCUUUUUGUCAUCCUUGCCUGUGUGCUAAGCCGAAAAUCGUCUGCUGGUCCAGUCAAGUUCGCCUGCCACUGCAUAGGCUUUCUUUGUCCCGGUUGCCAAGUGUGAUGCGUCGGCACUUGCCAUGUCCCUGUGUUUCUUUUUCUCGCCCUCUCUCUACUGUAAAGAGCAACUGACAGACCUUUCUUUACAUGUUGCUAGUACCCAAGGUGGCAUACAGAAAGGCUUUGCAUAAGAAGUGUAAGGUUGCGUGCGCGCGGUGCAGCAAGGAUGGACUGAUCAAUCAACAUCACACGUGCUUCUUGUAUUCCGUGCUGGAUUUUUGAAUUAAAGGCAUGGUUUCACGAGCACCCCUUUUAUUCCGUUGUGUGCAGGAUCAGGUUAUAUAGAAGAGUGGUGCACGAUUGUACAUAAUUCUGUGCAGAAGAUUGGGCCCAAUUGUGUGCAGAGGGUUUUGGCAGCAGGCCAGGCUUGUGUGGGGGGGGGGGAAGGGGUGUUAUUUUAUUGUGCAUUUUUGUCACUUAGGCUGUUCAUAAUUUUUUUUUUUUUUUUUUACUUCUCUACCUGUUAGGACUGACUGUUUUUCUUCAGUGUAUUUGAGAUGCUUGUAAUUUUCAUUACAAAAUAAAAAUAAGGACCUUCAA